AUGGAUCCUCGCCUCGUGACAGAGUUGCUUCGGCGCCUACAGCGAAGACAGCCGCCGAUUAUGCCACGGACGGCAGCGCUCGUACUCGAGUGCUGCACGAUCAGGGGAGCCUCUGACUGCUAUGACCUGCUGGACAUGGCCUGCCAAGCUGUUGACGAUUGGUCGGAAGUGUUCAGGGAGUUCGACCUCGAGCAACGCCCCUGUAUGCCCGGCAGUGAACUCCAGACUGCUCUGACUUACUGCGGUUACCCCGUCAGUGGCGAGUUUCUGAGGCUUCUGCGCACUAUAUAUUCGCCCAUUGGAUGGGUUACCUUCGACGCCUUCAUUACAGCUUGUUCUGUGCUCGCAAGCGUUUGUAAGUGA